UAAAGCCUACUCAUUUUAUCUAUUCAUCCACGGUCGGAAGUGCUGUUUCUUAUUCUCCCAGACAUUAAGAAACUAAGCAUUAUGUUCGAUACGUUCACGCCACUUCAAUGGUUGGCUUGCUUUUGCACGACCGCGCUGGUUGGCACUUGGGUGAAGGGUCGAAUAGUUACCAGAGAUUACCCUCUUCCCCCUGGCCCGCCAGGACAUUGGUUUUGGGGUAAUGCAAUGCCGAGGUCUCAAAUAGCCUAUCAAUUUGCCAGGUGGGUUGACGAAUACGGGCCCGUAGUGUCGCUCAGGCCGCGCAACAAAGUUAUUAUCAUUAUCGGGCGCUAUGAAGCAGCUUGUGAUCUGAUGGAGAAAGAAGGUGGAGCAUUGGCAGAUCGACCGCGCUUGAUCGCCGCUGGGGAGAUUUUUUCUAGGAAUAUGAGGCUCCUUCUCACGCGCUAUGGCGAACAGUUCAAGAGGCUGCGGAAAGCUGCCCACACUCACUUGCAGCCAAAAGCAGUGGUGGCUUACGAGCCUCUUCAGAUGCACAAUGCCAAGAAUGUAAUCCUCGAUAUCCUCGAUAACCCUGCUCUGCAUAUGAUGCACGCUAGACGCUACUCUGCAUCAGCCAUGAUGAAGAUCACGUAUGGCAAGUCGACACCUACGGAUAUGACGGAUCCUGAAAUGGCCAGAGUCCUGAAGUGUAUGCAUCAAUUUCAAGCUGCCAUGCGCCCGGGUAGAUAUUUGGUUGAUACAUUCCCGUUCUUGAAAUACGUGCCGGGCUAUGGUGGUGACCUGGAACGAUGGCGUAAGGACGAGUUAGCCCUUUUCGGUGGGCUAAUGAAUCGCGUGAAGACCAACAUGGACAACGAUAAAGCGGAAGCGUGCUUCAUGAGAUAUCUUAUCGAGCACGUGGACGACCAUCAAUUGUCUAGUGAAGAAAUGACUUACCUUGGCGGCACUUUCUUUGGCGCUGGGUUUGAUACUACAACGGUCGCUAUUAUCGUUCAAAUCAUGGCUGCCGCUUGCCACCCGGAAGAACAAGCCAAAGUGCAGGAAGAACUCGACAUGGUCGUGGGCCAUGAUAGAGCACCAACAUUCUCCGAUCAGGAUAUGCUUCCCCAGUUGCAUGCAUUUACUCUAGAGGCUUUGCGGUGGAGACCGGUAACGCCUAUAGGUUUCGCACAUCGAGCUACGAAGGAUAUUAUCUGGAAAGGAUAUUGCAUACCCGAGGGAGCAACGGUCUUUGGAAACCACUGGGCCAUUACACGCGAUCCAUCCGUCUUUCCUGAUCCUGAAAAGUUUGAUCCUGGAAGAUGGAUAAAUAGCGAGGGCAAGGUUCGGACUGAUAUCCAUUCGUUUACAUUCGGCUUUGGAAGACGAGUGUGCCCCGGACAACAUCUCGCGAAUAGAUCCAUCUUCAUCAACACCUCCCUUCUCUUCUGGUCUUUCCGCAUCUCACAAAAUCCUCUAGCCCCCAUCGAUACCAUGAGCUUCGAUAAUGGUGUUGUGACACAUCCUCAGCAGUUCGACGCAAUUUUUGAGCCGAGGAUGAACAAGGCGGUGCUGAAGCAGAUGAUGGAAAAUUACGCCAAAGAUUGAGGCUCUGAAGUGUCUCCAAGUAUUUCUUGUAUACUGUACCUAGGUUUUUCAUAACUGCUUUAGAUAUAAGUUAGUAGACGAACAGACUCUGCGGCAAUGUAAGGAUAUGUUAAGUUUAUUCGGUUGAAGACUGCGUUUCUCGGUUCCUUCUCGGUGGCGCCAGUUUAAAAUUCCGAGCCGUCACUUGACUUGGAACCAUUGACAGAUAUGAUAGCUUUUCGUACU